CCUCAAUGCAACACCAGUCGGCAGAUCUCACCCACACACCUUGUUCACCGAGCAGUUGGGGAUUAGUAAACGGCAUUUCAUCCUUCUAGUUUGCGAUUAAUACCGCAACAGGUGACAGACCUUCGCAACCGGCGAGUGAGAGAGAGAGAGUGUGUGUGUGUGUUUGUGUGUGUAAGAGAGAGAGGACACGCGUCUUAGCGUACCGCUUCCAUAUUCACCAGCAGACGCCCAACGCUCGAAUCUCAUCCCACCUAUUCAGCGGCAGGGAGAAGGAGAGAAGAAAGCAGGGAGGGGGAACAGUGUGCAAAAGAGCGAAAGGGGGGAGCAGAUACACCGAAAAAGCAACCGCAGGCUGAAGCGAGGUUGUUGGAUUGAUGUCGCGCUUCGUGUCGGCGGGCGCGAUCAACGCCGAGACGGGCGAGGCCGUCGUCGCUGAGGAGACAAAGAAGGGAGACGAUGGUGCCGGUGGCGCUGCUGCUGCCGCUUCUGCCGUCGAGCCGCGAAAGAACGCCGAGUGGGAGAUUGUGCAGAGGGAGCUCGAGGCGGAGAGGAAGAGGAGGGAGGAGGCGCGGCUCAAGAGCGUCGAGGGCGGCGAGAGGAGUCUGUACGACGUUUUGCAGGCGAACAAGGCCGCGAAACAGGCCGCGUUCGAGGAGGCCAACAAAAUCAAGAACCAGUUCCGGGCGCUCGACGACGACGAGAUCGACUUCCUCGACGAGGUGCGCGCGGCGAAGCGGGCGGAGGAGGAGAGGGUGAGGCGGGAGACGGAGGAGGGGCUCGCUGCGUUCCGGAGGGCGCAGGGCGGCGGCGUGAACCUGAAGAGGCCUGGCGGGGGGGAUGUCUGGGACGGGGACGGAGGUCAGGGCGGGACCGGCGCUUCUGCUGUUGCGGCGGCGGCUGUCGAUGCGGAGGCGGGAGGAGAGGGAGACGGUGUAGGAGGGGAGGAGGAGUGGGCUGUUGGGCCGAGGAAGCGGAGGAGGAGGGAGAGGGAGAGGGGGUUUGGGGUGAAGAGGGGACGAUCUGGGGAUGGAGUGGAGGGGGGGAACACGACGACGACGACGACAGAGGAGAAGGGGGCGGAUGGGGAGAAGGCCCAGAGCAGCGGUGAGGAGAAGAGUGGCGCCGUCAAGGCCAAACCGUCGCCGCCGCCGACGAAGGGCAAGUUGAGUCUCGUGGCGUAUGGCUCCGACUCAGACGACGACUGAGGCAUCGGACCGAGGAGGUUCGUCCCUGGAGACGGCCCGGAAGGGAUGGCGAUUCUGCAUGAAGAGCCGGCUGAGCGAGACACCCACGCAGCAGAUUGACGUCUCUCGGACGGAUAAAAGUGAACAGCCAGGAUGCAAAAAAAAAACAAAAAACCCAAGAGGAGUGUGACAGUAAUAUUCGUAACAAGCUGAGGCCGAGUGAACCUUUUUCCCGGCCCCAACAGACCUGGUCUAUGAUGGGCUCCCCAGGUCUCGCGUGCCCCCCCUGUCCAUUUGCGGCAGCACACGAGCUUACUAGGAGCUAGAAUUACAAUAUGUUUUCAAAAACCCGCCGCGUCUUCAUGCGGCCGGGGUAUAGUUGUACAAUCCCUUCUCGCCUCUCUCUGUCGCUCUCUCUCUCUCCCCCACUCUGUGCCUCUCUAUGGCCCCCCCCCCCCCCCCUCUCACCCUCGUUUUUUCCCUCC